AGCAAGCGACCAAUCCCCUAACCACGGACCAAAGAACCAACAAGUCACCAAAGACACCAAUUCGCGCAAAAAAAAAGGGGAAGUUAUAUCUACCACCAGACAAGGGAACACUGGCCCGAAGCAACCGAAGCCACACAUACGCACAUUUCCACUCCUUCUUGAUCUUAUGCCCACGGAUGUCAUGCCCACGGAUGUCCUACAACUUUCCCAAAGCUGCUGAGUCCCCGAAGGGUAGGUAGGGCAUGUGGGGGAUGCAGGUUAAUUACGCUGCAUGGAAACGAUUAGCAGGAGAAAAACGGGUAUUAGGGUAUAUGACAGCUUCUAUAGCUCCCUCUUUGGGCUGCUGACACGUUCUUAUAAAAUCGAAAGGUGCCAGGCCCUUAUCCCAAUGGGCUCUUCAUUAGAAGCUGUUGGAGGUUUCCGGGAGAAUUCACCCUGUCUAGCGUUUGUCCCAAAAUUCCAACACCUGUGGACCAUGUGAGCUCUCAAUCUAAUUACCCCCGUCCCCUAACAUUCAUCCUUACCUUACUCUCUCACCUCUGGUCUUGUGUCGCCUUGCCUUGGACCAGAGUUUUCCCAUCGGACGUAGCACGAGCCUGCAAUGAAGUUUUGUUGUGAAUGUGGCAGCAUGCACCACCCCCUUACAACCAGUCUACAAGCUCUCCACGGGGUUUUAUUUUGACUCUUUAGACCCUUUUUGACUCGUUGGACUCGUUUGGGGCGUACACAGACUCACCGGGCUUAGUUUAGUUCAGUUUUUGAAAUAUGUGAUUAGAUGUGAUAGAGGGGCAGUGUAUACGUGCAUUGGUAGGACAUAUUACCAAGAAUCUUUGCUUGGGAGCUUGAGAGGGCCGGUGGGAGGGUAGUAUUCACUGACUGAUUGACUACUUCAGGUUUUUUGUUCUGAAUGUGAAGGUGGCAGUAUAUAAUCUGGUCCGUAGCCAAGGGACCUACAUACACUUUACACACCUUACAACCAAAACACCACUCUCCUUUAAUCCAUCCAAAACCAAACCUUUAACUCCUCUUACAACAAACCUUAACCCCUCUUACAACAAACCACAUACUGCAAACCAAAAAAAUCCUACAACAGUCUCAGGAACCAUGUCUCGAUUCUCCCUCACCAUCCUGCCCCUCCUCCUCGCUCUCGUGUAAUUACCCCACAAUCCCCAGUUUAUAUCACAGCAACUAACACAUCCACUCUCCUCCAGACUCCCCGUCCUCUCCGCACUCCUCCCGCGAGCACCUCCACCAUUCAAGGUAGAAGUCAUCGCCUCCGCCGUCCAACAACCCCUCUACUUCACCACCAACAAGGGCACCUGUACACCCGCCAAGGCAGAAUCACCAAUAUGUCAGAUCAAGGCUAACGGCCAGUACGUUGUUCCAUCUACGUUCCCCUCAUCUCCACUUAUUUCCUUGAGAGCGAUUAUUUGGAUGUUGGAAAGUGGGAAGGAGGGAUGACUGAGGGAUAAGGUGACGGAUGAGGCGAUGUACAAACCACUCGGAGGCGGCUCCCACGAUAUGAUGAUGGGAUAAGCCCCCACAAAUUUGUAUCCCCUUACCCAUCAUCCAAUCCACUCCCUCCUUGUAUCCCCCAUGGCUGGAGUCAAGGAAACUUAAAGAUCUGACGUACUCCAUCCAUCCCGUCCUUACCUCCUUCCUUCCUGUGAUGCGUUGCACCUGACAUCUGCAUCUCAUCUCAUUUCACGAUUCCCCAUUCAUCCAUCCAUUCACAUACACGCAAACCACACGUCCCGUUCCCAUCUCUUUUCACCACUUUUUCACCUUCGACUCACACUGAAUACAGAUUAUACUGCGGCGAUUACACCCACCCCCUAGCUCUCAACCUGGAAGCCGUCCCCGGCGAUGUCCUCGCUUCCUACCUGGCCCCUUGUACCGGAGCCUGUGUUAUGGUGACUCCCGUCCGUCUCAAUCCUAACACGCUGGUUGUCGAGUAAGUCUCUCUUCACCCAACAGGCCCCCCUCCUCAGCUUUGUUAUGGGUGCAAAGAGAAAGGGAAAAGGGCUUGUGACGACUAUGAGGCAGUAGCUAAGUUGAAAACAGGUGGCCUGGAGCCGAAUUCUGGUACCUUCCCAGCACAAGCCAAGUCUGGAUCGCACAGGCGGGCGCCAAUGUGCCGGUUGAAAUCCCCGCAGCUGCUGUGAAGGCGCAGCUGAAGGCGUUGUUUAGUUAGGUUGUUGGUGAGUUGAUUCGUAUUUAGAUUAAGUGGGGCUUGGGAGAAAAAGGCGUCGUGAGAUAGGACGGUCGUUUGGUGGUGAUUACCUUUAAUGUCGAUACGCUUCAUGAUGGGUGGAUAUUUUCCGGGCGCUGGAUUACGACCUAUUCACUUUGAGAACUUCAAUUAUUUGGGGACUUGUACCGUACGUAUUUGGGAAUGGAGAUAAUUACAAACCAAGUGAAUUU